AUGGCGGAAACAAGCUUCGAUGACAAUAUAACGACGACCGUUGCACUACUCAAACCACUUCAUCGGGCGCGGUUCAUGCCACAAUCAGAAGGCAAGAACAUUGCCGCCUUUGUUGGCCUGUGUCCGGUUCUUCUCUCGAUAUGUAUCUUUGGAUUCUUCGGGAAUACACUUUCCUUCGUGGUAAUGUUUAAGGAAAAGCACCGAAGUUCCUCAAAUUUUCUCAUGCAAGCUUUGGCAAUAGCAGACAAUUUUGUUCUGUUGUUUUUCAUCGUACACGUAUAUUUUGUUGUCCCGACCGUCUAUGAUUUUACGUUAGCAUUCAAAGAAGGGUACGACUUCCAAAUGCUUGCUAGAAACUUCACUGGCUUUGGUCUUUGGCUGAGCAAGACCAUUUCGAUCUACAUCGUGGUCUACAUGACAGCGGAACGAACUGUGGCCGUUUGUCUGCCGUUUAAAGCAGUCACUUGGUGUUCAUACAGGAAUGCGGUGAUUGGCCUACUAAUUGUUAUAAUUUUCUCGAUAAUGUACAAUUUGCCAAAGUUGUGGUAUUAUCAUUGGCCGAUUUACGUGUACGAUCCAUACUUUGGCUACGAGAGACCAAAAACUGUCCCUUACCUGGCCUUUGACGCACUGUUUUCUGAAGUGUACAUUACAGCUUUUUACUUUGUCUUUAUCUUUGUAAUUCCGCUAACGUUGCUGGUUGUCAUGAACACCAAACUCAUUCUGACGUUACGGCGAGCCAAGGCAGCGCGUGGUGACAUGGCACAAGGCAAGGGAAAGAAAGGGGACAAGAUCACUGAAAAGAUCGUCGGGGUGGUAACCGCGUUCAUUGUUUUGGAGUUUCCUUCACUUGUAGCCAACGCUGCUCUGUUGAUUGAAGUAAAAUCGAAUCCUGGGGUACCACCAUCAGCAGCCGCAGACAUUGCAUCGAGGUUGUGUUAUGUAUUGUCGGCUACAAACUCGUUCAUCAACUUUUUCAUUUACUGUCUAGCUGGGGAGAAGUUCCGUCGUCAGGUCCUGUGCCUGCUUGGUUGUGCUAAGCCUUCUAUGUCUGGCCCGGCAUCGGUGUCAACGGUCUCUUCUAAUGCCCCAAAUGGAACAAAAUCGGGCUCGCAGAUGCCACAAAACGGAAACUCCAUAAUGAACGAGGAAAGAAGGAUAUAG